CUCCCAGCUGUGAUGGGCUCUGCUCCCUGACAAGCCACACGUGGUGCUGUCCCCGGGGGUUAAAAGCAGGACCGGAGCAGGGGUGGGGGCUUUGUGUCGGUGGUUGUGUCCAUGGAGGGUGAAUCGCCGCUGGAGCGGUACCUGGAGAGCUGCAGCGGGCAGGAUGACUUCUCCACUAGUCCUCAUCUGUUCACUCCUAUGAGCCCUUACGAUUUAGACCUUCCAAUUCAAGCAUCUUCCCAGUUAAGUCAGUCCAAGGAGCUCCAUACAGACUUCUCCUCCGUGGACCUCAGCUUUCUCCCAGAUGUCACCCAAGAUAACAAAGAACAAAACCUCUCCGAGGAUGGUCAUGAAACGCAGAAAGAGCUUGAUGGGUCACUACCAAGUCAGGAGGACAGUGGUGUUUUCAUGGAUGAAAGCAGCUUGUCGCAUCCAGGUGCAGCUCAGCCAUCUCCUGAAGCACCUGGCGUGUGUCCUCCCCUGACUCCCAUGACUCCGAUCACCCCGGCGACAUCUGCUUCAGAAAGUUCUGGAAUAGUCCCCCAGCUACAGAAUAUUGUGUCAACUGUAAACCUGGCUUGUAAACUGGACUUGAAGAACAUAGCUCUGCAUGCCAGAAAUGCAGAGUAUAACCCAAAGAGGUUUGCUGCUGUGAUUAUGAGAAUCAGGGAACCACGAACAACAGCCCUCAUCUUCAGUUCAGGAAAAAUGGUCUGCACAGGAGCAAAAAGUGAAGAGCAGUCAAGGCUGGCAGCCAGGAAAUACGCACGGGUGGUGCAGAAGCUCGGCUUCCCUGCCAAGUUCUUGGACUUCAAGAUCCAGAAUAUGGUGGGGAGCUGUGAUGUGAGGUUCCCCAUCCGGCUGGAAGGCUUGGUUCUCACCCACCAGCAGUUCAGCAGCUAUGAACCUGAACUAUUCCCUGGCCUGGUUUACAGGAUGGUCAAACCAAGGAUAGUGCUGCUUAUCUUUGUGUCUGGAAAAGUGGUACUGACUGGAGCAAAAGAUCGUUCUGAAAUCUAUGAGGCAUUUGAGAACAUCUACCCCAUUUUAAGAGGUUUCAGGAAACCAUCGUGACACGGCUCCCAA